AUGAACAGAAAAAAAAGAACAGUCAAUGAUGAACCAACGGAAGAGUCUGUUCUCUUUGAUGAAUCGAAUGAGGAUGUUUUAAUUAGUUCUAUUGAUGAAUCAGGUUUGAAAGGAGAGACAACAUUACCAGCUUCAAAGAAGAUCAUUGAUACUCCAAAACAAAAAUUUUUGCAAAGAAAUUCAAGAACUAUCAAGAAAAAAUUCCAAAGAUAUGUCAAAUUAUAA